CCGCGAUAUGAUACCGACCAGCACCAUCAGUCGACUGGUCGAAAUCUGCCUCCGUCUUACUGGGAUUUGGCCAAAUUCUUCGAUUUUCUUCAGACUACUCUGGUCGAUUGUGAUGGGAACAGGACUGAUCUUCCAGUAUCGAUAUCUUCUGACGCACUUUAGCGUCGAGGAGCUGCCGAAUUUCAUAGAUGGUUUAAGUACCACCUUACCGUACAGCCUUCUCUUUUUCAAGCUAAUUAUCUUGUGGGUCAAUAACCGGUAUGUGUUUUCUAUAUUUUUGUAUUGCAGAAUAUUCAACACUCUUCUGAAGACGAUGUCCAAUGAUUGGUACGAGUGUUCGAACAAGUACACCAUGAUCGAGAAAGCGAUCCUUGCAUAUCGUUGUUCGAAACUGGUUAUCGGUCUUUAUUCGAUAGCGUCAUUGCUUUACAGCAUCGCGACCAUCGAUUUUCACAAGCCGAUCAAUGACGAUUGCCGCCAAUUGCUUAUAAAGAUGGAAUUUCCUUUCGUUUUUUGCGACUCGCCGAUCUAUGAAAUCGUGGUGUGUGUUCAAUUCAUUCAUCUAAUGGCGGUUGUUAUCGCUAUUAGUAUGCUGGACGCAUUAAUCGUUACUUUGAUGCUGCACAUUGGUGGGCAAAUAGAUAUUAUGCAACAGCAGAUGGAAGAGAUUUGUUCGAAGGAUGACAAACGUGAUUUGUUUACUGUUAUUAUCAGGUCUUUAAUUAAUAAACAUCAUAAAAUUAUUGCUUUUUCGGACAAUAUCGAGAGUCUUUUUUCUCUUAUCGCUCUGAUGCAAUUUGUGUCGAAUACGAUAAUCAUAUGUUGUAUCGGGUUUCUCAUAGCAACUUCGUUAGGCACAGACGAAGGUAUCAUGAUGUUGGUAAAGAGUUUUUUUUACAUUGCUAUCACCAUGGAGGCAUUUAUCUUUUGUUUUGCCGGUGAAUAUCUCAGCAACAAAAGCAGAACGAUCGGUGAUACAGCAUAUGAAUCGAUCUGGUACGAUCUCGAGCCUCGAGAUUGCCGUAUUCUGCUGUUUGUGAUAAUGAGAUCGCAGAAGCGGCUGACGAUCACUGCGGGAAAAUUUAUGGAUUUAUCGUUGGAAGGAUUCACGACAAUUCUUCAUGCGAGCGGUCAGAUAGAUAUCUUGUGCGACGCAUUGAGGAAAAUCUCUUUGGAAAAAGAUAACCAACAGCUGGCCGUCUCCAUCACGAAAAAACUGAUCGGCAAACAUCAGAAAAUCAUUGUCUUCUCAAACAAAAUCGAAACAAUUUUCUGUUACAUCGCGUUAAUCCAAUUUAUGUCGAGCACGUUGGUCACCUGCUGCUUAGGGUUUAUGAUCGUGACAUCGAUCAGCACGCAAGACUCCGAUACGGUCGACGACUCGGCAUUAAUGAAAGCAAUAGUGUUUUAUAUGGCUGCUACGGUAGAGGCGUUUAUCUUCUGCUUUUGCGGGGAAUACCUCAGUGCCAAGAGCAAAAUGAUUGGCGAUGCGGCAUACAAGUCAACGUGGUACGACUUGAAACCCAGUGAUAGCAAACUCAUCUUCCUUAUGAUAUUGAGAUCACAAAGGAGGCUCACCAUCACGGCUGGAAAAAUUAUGGACUUGUCGCUAGAAGGAUUUACGAGCAUCCUAAAGGCCUCUGUUUCGUAUGUAUCAGUAUUGCAUGCGAUGUAUUAAAAAAAUGUAUUUAAAGACAAAUCGUAAUGUCUAAAUGCAACUAAAAGUAUUGGGAUUUUUCUAUCGAUUCUCGUUUGUUGAUAUCGAUUUGAUAUCUACAAUGUGAAUCGAUGAUGAUAUAGAUAAAUUAUAGGUAAAUAUAGACAAUA